CAGUGUUAGUCGUGAUACUGUCUGAUUAACAUUCAUUCACGAAUAAGAAGACUAGAAAAUAAAAAGGAAUUCCUAAAUUUCUCGAUCGACAUAUUUAAAGGAUUAUAAUAAAAAAAGAACAUAUCUCAGCAACUUGACGAUUAUAAUUUUCUUUUUGAAAGAUGACUACUUAUACGUGAAUGCAUUAUGUUUUAAAAAAAGAAAAAGAAAAAAACAAAAGCAUAUACUUAUAUAUAUAUAUAUUUGUUCGUAAAGAAAUAGUGAAGUAAAGAAGGCACUGUUUUCAGCGUUUAAAUUGAUUUCCGCAUAAAGUGAAUUACAUCGUAUUUCAUCAAUAUCAAGAAACCAAUCCUUGAGAACGUUUAAUCAAUAUUCGAUAUAAAAAUGAGUGGCAAAAAGGAAUUCAUUACGUGCCGAGAUGUUCUAUGGUACUUUGUUUUUUGUGGAUUUGCUAUUAAUUAUAUGCUAAGGAUCAAUCUGAAUCUGACUAUAGUGGCUAUGGUUGUACCAAGACCGCAAGCAGCCACGUCCGUAGAAUGCGAGGUAGAUAAUGCUACUAAUAUUUUAUGGAAGAAUACAACAUUUAAUGAAAGUAUUGAUAAUUCUCUAGAUGUCAAUGAACAAGAAUUAGUUUUUGAAAAUAUAACGUAUAACGAUCGAUUUACUUGGAGCGAAUACGAUCAAGGACUUGCACUAGGUGCUUAUUAUUGGUUUCAUUGGAUCUCUCAACUUCCUGGUGGUAUUUUGGCAAGACGUUACGGUACAAAAUUCGUUUUUGGAUUUGCCAAUUUUUUGACAGCCCUUUUAGGAUUUCUCAUACCCUUCGCGACACGAUAUCAUUUAAACGCUCUCGUAUUUAUUCGAGUUCUUCAAGGUUUCGCUGCGGGUGUUGUUUGGCCUAGCAUGCAUGACAUGACAGCCAAAUGGAUACCGUCGUCCGAAAGAAGUAGAUUCGUUAGUGCAUAUUUAGGUAGUUCUGUGGGGGCUGCUAUCACUUAUCCACUUUGUGCAACAGUUGCCAAUGCAUUUGGAUGGGAAGCCGCAUUUCAUGUCACUUCUGUUCUCGGAGUAAUUUGGUACUGUUUCUGGUUUUUCUUCGUGUACGAUUCACCGCAAAUACAUCCACGUAUAUCCGAGGAUGAAAAAAAUUACAUACUUGAAAAUAUUUCGGGAUCCGUCGAUGACAAAGAAACGAAGGUACCUUGGAAAGAGAUUUUUACUUCGGGACCGGUAUGGAUUACUGUUUUGACUCAAUGGGGUGGAGCUUGGGGUUUCCUUACUUUAAUGACACAAGCUCCUACAUACUUUAAUUUUAUUCACGGAUGGAAUAUUCACGCGACUGGUAUUCUAUCCGGUGCACCUCACAUUCUAAGAAUGAUCUUUUCUUAUUUCUAUUCGAUUAUGAGCGAUUGGCUUCUACGAACUGAAAGAAUGAGUUUAACUAACGUAAGAAAAUUAGCAACAUUUGUGUGUAAUGGUUUACAAGGUAUAUUCAUAAUCGCAUUAGGCUACAGCGGUUGUCAACCAUAUUUAGCUGUCAUUUUUAUGAUGGCUGGUACAGCAGUGAAUGGGGCAGUUUCAGCAUCCACUUUAGCAAGUUUUGUUGAUUUAAGUCCUAAUUAUGCAAGUAUAUUACUUGGAUUUUGCGGAAUGGUUGUUGUUUGGGCAGGAUUUAUUUCACCCGCGAUUGUUGGUUUAUUAACUAACAAUAACCAAACAGUUGGUCAAUGGUUUAUCGUAUUCCUCAUUGCUGGUGCCAAUGCGAUAGCUGGUUGUCUAAUUUAUUUAAUUGGUGGUACAUCCAAGGAACAACCGUGGAACCAAUAUGGGAAACCGCAGGAACUAAAUGAACGUGAAAUGUUGAAUUUGCAAGCAAAAAAAGAGAUAUUGAAACACGAAGAAGGAUUAGGAAAAAUUACUAAACUAGAAGAAGAAAAAUUAUACGUUGAUAAGUGACGACACUGGAAAAAUAUUAACUUUCUUAUCUAAAUUUUCUUUACAAGAUAGUAUCGUUUCUUUAUCGUUUUUCAUAUGAAAUUAUUAAGUCUUGUAAAUAUUAAACAUGUAACGUUUAAGUAAUAUAAUAGAGAACAAAUUGAAUGGAAAAAGAAGAUAAAAAUCUAGGACACUUGUUUAAUUAAUAUAAAGAGUGUCAAGUUUUGACUCGUAAAACAGUUUAUUUCACAAAACGGGAAUGAUUAAUAAUACGAAUGUGGUUUUACAUCAAGGAAAAUGUAUUAAUCAAAAUUUUUUUAUGAUUUUUUAACGUGUAUUUGAGAAUACACCGGUGUUCAUAAUGCGAUUAAUAUCUAUUGAAUAUUUGUUAAUUAUCGAUCUGUAAUCAUUUUUAUCAAAAAGGCGAUACAUAUGAUUAUCGAAGGCAUAUCGAUAAUUAGAAUACUGUAUAUGAUACAAUUACAUAUAUAACUGUUGAAUAUAAUUGUCCUUGAUAACGAUAUCUUUAUACGCUUAAAUGCAUAUAGAUAGAAAUUACAUCGUAUUUUGAACGUAUAUGAAUAUUUCAAGCUUGACAAAUAUUGAUAACGAUAUUUUCUUAAAUAAUAGAAAAAAAAUUCAUCAAUCAAAAAUUUUUUAAACGCUUAUAAUAAAAUCUCUUUUUAUUACAAAGAUACUGACUCAAAUUUUCGCGAUUCGAAAUUAAACGUUUCCUUUUGUAAAGUACAAAUGUCUGCAAAAACAAAAAAAGAAAGAGAAAUUGUAAAAUAUUAUUAUUCAAUAAAUAAUAAUA